AUGGACAAGACAGGGAAUAUCCGUCGACACCACUGGAAAGAGCCCCUUAGAAUUAGUAAAAUUGCCAAGUUUGAGACUGAUAUGUCUUAUAAGUGAGCUAAAAUAUAUAGAUCCACAAAGCUGCAAAAAUGUGCAGACGUUUGUAUCGUGCGGGGUAAGUUGCUCCCCACCUGAUAAAAAAGCUUGCAAAAUUACGCGACUUUGAGGAGAUAUAUCUUUGUUAGUUUUGAAAAAAUCACCUUCAAACUUGGCAAUUUUACUAAUAUAAAGGCGCUCUUUCCUUCCAGCCCAGCUAACGGAGAUUCUUUCGCAGAGUAACAAAAACACUCCACGAGAUAUUAUUCGCGGGAAUCCCGAGAACACGUGACAAUCCCGAGAACAUGUGAGAACGGAGUUGAUGAGUGGUCGCUUAUGAGAGCAAAGGAAAAGUCUAUUUGGGUGAUUCUAAAAGUUGUUGCAGAGUAACAAAAACACUCCAUGAGACAUUAUUCGCGGGAAUGCCGAGAACACGUGGCAAUCCCGAGAACAUGUAAGAACGGAGCUGAUGCAAGAAACAAUCGCCAUUUUCUCGUGUUGUGUUUGUGUUCAAAGAAGUUACAUGUAAAGUGUUGAUUUAUAUGAAUAAGACUCUGAGUGGUCGCUUACGAGAGCAAAGGUAAAGUCUAUUUGGGUGAUUCUAAAAGUGGUCGCGGUCGCUUUGGGAUGGCUUUUCAUAACAAUGUUUAAGUCUUAGUUCAAACGGGGUUUUAAAAAGGUGGUCGUAACUACAGCCAGUCGCUUACGAUAGUGGCUUUGAUUGUAGUUGGAAUCACCCUCUCACAAGUUUUCUCUCGGCUUUCACUAUUUUUGCGGGCUCAUUCACUCACUCCGACUUUCCCGACACUUAAUAGCGAAUGAAUGCUCAUAAUCUGCAGGCAAAAAAAUAAGAAAAAAAAACUUAAACUCAGACUAAACAUCAAACUUGAAUACGGCCAUACGAAUUCAACUUCAUAAAAAUUCCCCUAUAUUUGAUAAAUUGAAGGGAAUGGAAUAAUCGCGAUGAAGUUUGAAACAGCGCGAACUCACUUUUUAAGGCGCUGUAAUGAGAGAUUUUUUUCUCAGUCAUAGCCUUCCGUCUAAGCGUAAACGACGUUUUACCGAAUCGUCGGUAUUUGAAUACCACGAUGUCACAAAUCAUAUACUACUAGUAUUGCGCAUGCUCUGUAAAGGAUGCUAUCGCUUUUCCAUCGAUCGAUCUUUUUAGCGUUUUCGUGAGGACCGGCGAAAAGAAUUCAAAUACGUCUCUUUUUUUAGCCCGAUGGUGGUGCACUUUAUAAAACUGAGAAAUUGCCCUUAAACUGCAAACACUCAUGUUUUGUUUGUCCUCACAGCAGUUAGUACUCCACAAACUUCGUAAAAAAAGAGACCACCUAGGGCUACCGUUAGGUUUUAAUUUUUUGUCAUCGUUUCUUUGUAUGUUCCUUCAUUCAUUUUGGGCCAUUAUCAGAGUAGACUUGCUACGAGUAGACCUUUCUUAAGUUGUUAGAGAGCUUCAACGAGGUAACCAACCAGGAAAAAAAAAUUAAAGGACUUUUUAGAAAGUCUAUAACCAGAGUUUCCAGUCCAGUAAUCUUCUAUGCUGGCCACCCGAAUAAAUACAUUAAUAGAUUAAAUCCCCGACUUUUAUCACUUAAAACGAAACUUAGAGAUUCUUCAAAUCUAACGAAAAAAAUAGCUGAUUUUAUUUUCCCCCCAAACAUGUCAAUUGUGAUCGUUCCUAUCAUUGAUAUAGAUAAAAUAACAUUUUUAAACUCUAAUUAACCUGAGUUGUGUUAGUAACCUUACGCGGAGGAUUGUUGAGAUUACUCUUUUGAAAGAACGCCACGAUACUUCAUGAAAUAAUAAACAACCUAUUGCCACUUGGAAUUCGUUCUAUGCCUCCGUCGUUCUGGUUCAUUAAUCCAACAUGAAAGGGCUCAGAAAAAGUUCUCGAACGUACACCCCACUUAGCAACUUGCUCGGCUUGAUUCCCGUGAAAGACAAUGGUAAAUUAUUGGCGAAGUGGUCACUGUUAAAUAGCACGCUGCUUGCCCAGAGCUUGAGUUUUUUUCUUGGUCAAGAAAGCAUAUGUUCUCCAGAUGGCUCAAGACUGACCGCACCAUCGAAGCAAAAUACUGAGUCAUCUUGAACAAGAAAUACCUCAAAAAGGUUGUUCUCCCUUACAAACCCUCAAAAUUUAACGACGACAUAACUCCGUUUAAUGUUGCUAAUUUUACUUCUAGAGUUAUCGAGUUUUGUUUUCUGGAUGCCGGACAGUUGGCAGACUAAAGAACAAUUAGUUUAUAGCUCUAAAGGUUCCACUGUUUUUCGCUGCUUGUUUGUGUUUAGUUUUUCGUUGUUUCACGUGAGAAUUCACAACGUGCAAUCAGCCUCGAAGAAAAUAAAAUUUAAGGCUGGCAUUGUUUGCCUUAGACGGUCAAGCAAUAGGAAGUAAUUCAGAUAAUGUUUUUAAAAUCCCCCA